GCUCUACCCAUUCCGCCCCUCCUGUCCCUGCUGCCAGGGCUGCUGCCGGAGCAUCCAUUUCGCCCAGCCCCCCGCGACCAUCCCUCCUGUUUGGGGCGGACAUAAGUGCCGCACCGGCUCAAGCACAGGCAAGGGGGCUGGCAGGGAAGGCUGCAACUGGGUGCAUCCACGGGACUCCCGCACUGCCAAAUUACCUGCACACCCGCUCGCUUUCCGCCAGUUGCGGCCACCGUUGUGAGCAAUCUUAUGCAACAGCAGGAAGCAAUACUCCCCGAAGGCAAUCCUACGUGGGCAAAUUAAGUCGAGCCGUGCUUCCUCCCAGUCAAGGUGGCGCCGGUGGGGCUAUGUCCGCCGCCGCAUGCGCAGCUGGAAGUCUCACCUCACCACCAUCCUUCGCGUGCGCUCUGCCAGCACCACAACCCUAACGACGCUAUCUCUAGCAUCCUCGACAUCCACAUCCACAUCCACAUCCACAUCCACAUCCACAUCCACAUCCACAUCGACAUAGAAGCGAGGAAUUCCUCUGCGAACAACUCGAGCACCGCUGCAGUGACAAUCUCCUCCCGUCGCCGGUGGCACGCGCCUCUUCUGUGGGCGCUAUCAGCACUCCAGAGCCGCCCGGCGCAAGGCGCAGCAAGAGCGGGGGUAGUUUAACGCGGAAGGCGGCCAUGGCUGCGCAUGAGCGUGUCCCCGCGGUUGGAUGUUUCGCCGCCGGAGGUCGCGUUUCCCCCGUGCCGCUGCAGCAGCCGGGGUCGGACGAUCGGCUGCUCGAGCAGCUAUCGGCGCUGUCAGUGCACAUGCAGCAGAAAUUGCGGCAGAAGGAGCAGCAGCAACAAGAACAAGAACAAGAACAGAAUCAACAACAGCGGCAGCUGUGCGAGCAAGCGUCACAGUCGCAGCUGCCGCCAUCGCUCCCUCGCAACACGCCCGCCGCAUCUCAUGACAACCUAAUGGCGCCCUCUCCUCCCCUCGCCUACCCCUCUCCUCUCGCCCCUCCUUCUUCCCCCAUGCGCACGCCGCCCUUUGCGCACGCCCCCGCCUCCUCCCCGCCUCUCCUCCGCGCAUGCAUGAGCCAGCCCUCCCUCUUGCCCGCCGACGCCUCUCUCUCACCCCAACCCCCCCCGUCACCUCGUAACGGGUUCGCGCGCCCGCACGCGUACGCGCGCGCGCACUGCUCCGCAGCCCCCGUUCCCCCUGUUCCGCAAGAGGUGACUCUGCUCCCCAAUUGGGCCUCCGCAGCCACAAUCCCGCACAUCCCCGCGCCCGCACCCGGCGGGGGUGCGCACAAUUCCCCCAUGGCGCACCACUUUCCACCGGCGUUUCGCCCGGCGGAGGAUUUUGGCCACUCGCUCUCGCUGCACAAUUCGAACCCCUCCAUUCAGCCGCACGAUCAUCCUUACAGCGCUUUUCAGCCGCACGAUCAUCCUUACAGCGCUUUUCAGCCGCACGAUCAUCCUUACAGCGCUUUUCAGCCGCACGAUCAUCCUUACAGCGCUUUUCAGCCGCACAAUCUUGAAGCCGUGAACGCGCCGCCAGGAUGCGCGCACGGGGGGGAGACGGAGCCGCGGCUAAUCAAGUUGGGCUCCGACCCCGGCAGCUGCAGCAGCUGCGGUUGCGGCGGGAUUUGCGGCGGGGGGUGUGGGAACGGCGGCGGCGGCAUGUGCAGCUGUAGCACGAGCAGUGGCGGCGGCAGUGGGGCCAGCGGGGGGGUGGGCGGCGGAAGCAUGGAGGCGCAGCAGUGGGCGGAGCAUAGGGGCGGCGGAGGGAGCGGUGUUGCGGGUGGCGCGCGGAAGGGGAUGCGCCGAGUGCAGUCGGAGGCCCCUUUUGCCCCGUCGGGGGAACAGCGCCAGCUGCCCAUAGGGGGGCGCUUCUGCGCGGAACGACCUGGCGUCCGGGAACUCGUGGGCGCUGGCGGGAUGGCGGACAGAGGUGCGGGUAGGGAUGGGGGGACGGAUGGGGGGAGGGACGCGGGGAGGGACGCAGGGAGGGAUGCGGGGAGGGAUGCAGGGAGCAACGGUCCGCAGCCCCUCUUGACGAGCUUGGGCGGAGCGGGGUUUCUCCAGAGCGUGGAGUCGUCCUCGCUCUCCCUCUCCCUCUCCCUCUCCUGCAGCAGCCUGGGCGCCGCAAGUGACGGCAGCGGCAGCGGCAGAGAGAGGGAGGGGGGGCCCGAGGCGGACAUGGAGGCGGAGUCGACGUUCAAGCCGCUGCCCCGCCGCAAGCUGCCGUCGCUCGCCUCUGCUGCUGCUGCUGCUGCUGGUGGUGGUGCUGCUGGUGGUGCUGCUGCUGCUGGACUGACAAGGCAGAGGGGUCUAUCGGCGUUCAUUGGGGGCAAGUCGCGCUCCUUCUCCUCUCUCGCGGACGUGGCGGCCGCCCGCUCCAUGCGCGACCUUGCCAAGCCCCCGCGCCGCACGCCCCUCCACACGCGCGCCCUGCACCUCUCCGCUCGCACCCGCCGCCACCGCCGCCACCACCAUCACACCCACCACAGCCAGCACAGCCUGAUCCUCGGUGCUGCCUCGUACCCCUCUUUCCCAUCCUCGUCUUCCUUCCCCGCCCCUGCCACCGCCACCGGCACAAUCACCAGCGCCGGUGCCGGCAUGAACCCUUCAUUCCCUGCUGGGGUCCCGUCAUCUCCCCCCGCCAGGUCGCUUGCCCCCGGCAGGCGGCCCGCAGGUGGCAUCAGCAAGCGCACAGCUGCGCCGCCGCUGCACCCACGCGCCACGCUCGCCCUCGCUGCCGCCUUGGGGGGCCUGGGGGAAAUGGGGGAAAUGGGGGAGGCUGGGGGGGUUGAGGGCGGCAGGUGGAGUGGCACGAGGGGGGAAGGGGCAGCAGGGGAAUUGAAAGCUGGUAGUGGCGCUGGUGGUGUAGCAGGGAUGGGAGGAGGGGCGUUAGGGUUCGGAGGGAGUGGGGUUGCAGCAGCUGCUGCGGCGGCGGCGGCGGGGGGUGUGGGUGGUGCAAUAGAAGUAGGAAGUGGGGAGUGGGAGGUGAGGGAGAUGUGGCGGAUGGAGACGGUUCCAGAGUAGGGGUGGAUUGGCAGGAGAGAAUCAGGUGCAAUAGGGCUGUGGUGUGGUGUGGUGCGGUGUGAUGUGGUGUGGUGUGGUGCGGUGUAACGCAUCUCACAAGGAGUCUCUCGAGCCUCUGUAGUUGACGAGCACUGGGAGCUGCUUGAGGAGAACUUGUCUCUGAAAUGCCUCAGCUGUUCCUAGCAGGAGGGUAGUUUACCGCAGCAGCAGCAGCACCAGCAGCAGCAACAUCAUCAUCACCACUAGCAGCAGCAGCAACAGCAGCAGCAGCAGCAGCACCAGCAGCAGCAGCACCAGCAGCAGCAGCAGCAGCAGCAGCGGCAGCAACAGGAACAGCAGCAGCAGCAGCGGCAGCAGCAGCAGCAGCAACAGCAGCGGCAGCAGCAGCAGAAGCAGCGGCAGCAGCAGCAACAGCAGCGGCAGCAGCAGCAGCAGCAGCGGCAGCAGCAGCAACAGCAGCGGCAGCAGCAGCAGCAGCAACACCUCCCAACCUAUUUGCUGUGGUUGGUCUGUGGUCUCACAACAACAGCAUCACCUGAGUGCUCUCACUGCACAUGGUCAGCUGAUGGGUGGAACACAGUGGGCUGCUGCUACCACCACGACAAUGACUACUGGGUACCGGAAGUGGUUUCACAGCACAUGUCACUUGGCCAGCUGAUGCGUGGAUGGGUGGAUGGAUGGGAGUGGCGAAGCUUCUCCAUUCACCUCCUACGCUUGUGGAACAACCCUCCCCCCUCUUCCUCCCCCCCCUCUUCCCCCCCCCGCUCUUCCUACCCCUCCCUCUUCCUCUCCCCCCCCCCCGGUUCGCCCUUUUGUUUCCUCCUCAUCCAAUCUGCAAGGCGUGCUCCAGCUCACCAUGUGUGGGUAUGGGGCUGGCACACCGCGGCUCUCCCGCUUGGUUUUGACGAGACACAUCGGCCGCUUCGCGACCUCCUUUUCAGGCUGUGAGACAGGGAUGUACGUCCACAUGCAAGCACCAAUAGCAGCGACUGUAAUACCUGCUAGAGCUUAUAUAGCAUCAGCACCAGCAGCACCACUACCGGCAGUAGCAGCAGCAGCAGCGGCGGCAGCUGUGUAAUGGGCUAUCUUUCGUAAUGGGUAAGUAUGUCAUUGACAGAUGCUAUGCUGCUUGCAAGCUACUGCUGCUUGCAGGGUGCUGCUGCGUGCGGGGUGCUGCUGCAUGCGGGGUGCUGCUGCGUGCGGGGUGCUGCUGCGUCAUCAUCCGCGUCCUGUAUAGUGCAAUUACUACCGUGCCUAGGAGUUGGCUGCUGCAACAGCCUGCUGCUACCACCACUACUACCCAAAACGUUCUUCUACUGCUACUACAAUAUAGUCCUGUGUGUACCGGUAAUGUGAGGAGCUCUAGUACUGGUGUUGGGACGAUGAAGCUCCUGCCUUGCGCCGGCUGCAGUUCGUUUCCCCCGACUAAGUGUUGGGUCGGGUUGUGCCGUGCUGUGGUUGAAGUCGUUUUUGUCUUAUGAGCUUGAAAGAUGAACUGGCAGCCCCCCCCGUGCUAUUUUAGACUGGUUCAAAUCUUAGAACGUGGAAGGAGCUAUAUUUUGUGCUCGCGGGGUUCACAUGAAUCAUUCAGAGCUUGUAGUGUAGUGUAUAUUGCA